CCACCCGAUUCCACCGGACCUCUCGUCCGUUUCGCCCGCGCCGCCCGGACGCCUCGCACGCGGCACGCCCCAAACGGCCGAACCCCCUCAGGUCAGCUGACGCACCCAAAGGUACCAGCCGGCGGCGGCUGGGCGUGUAAGCAGCAGCUGACCCAGCUGACGAAGAGGGAGGGAGAAGGGAUGGCGGCGGUGGAGGGUGUAAGGCACCGGACGGUGGAGGCGAACGGGGUGCGCCUGCACGUGGCGGAGGCGGGGCCCGAGGGCGGCGCCGCGGUGCUGCUCCUGCACGGCUUCCCGGACCUCUGGUACGGCUGGCGCCACCAGAUGUCCGCCCUGGCCGCGCGGGGCUACCGCGCCGUGGCGCCCGACCUCCGCGGCUACGGAGACUCCGGCGCGCCGCCCGACGCCGCCGCCUACACCACCUUCCACGUCGUCGGCGACCUCGUCGCCCUCAUCGCCGACCUCGCCCAGCCUCAGGUGUUCGUGGCGGGGCACGACUGGGGCGCCAUCGUGGCGUGGCAGCUGUGCCUGCUCCGGCCGGACCUGGUGCGGGCGCUCGUGAACCUCAGCGUGGCGUACCACCCGCGGGGGCCCGAGAGGAGCCCGCUCCAGGCCAUCAGGGCCGCGUGCGGAGAAGACCACUACAUAUGCCGCUUCCAGAAACCUGGAGUGGCUGAAGCUGAAUUCGCUCGACACGACAUGAAGCAUCAGUUUAAGAUGAUUUUUGGAAUGCGCAAGCCAGCUCCUGUUAUUCUAACCAAAGACAAGAGCUUCUUUGACUCUCUUGAUUCAGAUGGCACUUGCCCUUCAUGGCUUGCAGAGGAAGAUAUUUCCUUCUACGCAGAAAAAUUUGAGAAGACAGGUUUUACUGGAGGAUUUAACUACUACAGAUGCAUGGACUUGAACUGGGAGCUUUCUUCACCAUGGACUGGAGCUCCAAUAAAAGUUCCAACAAAGUUCAUUGUUGGGGACCUGGACGUUACAUACAACACACCGGGGGUACAAGACUACAUUCACAAGGGUGGCUUCAAGGCAAGCGUUCCAAAUCUGGAGGAUGUGGUUGUCAUGGAGGGAGGGAGUCACUUCAUCAACCAGGAGAAGCCUAAUGAGGUCUCUGAUCACAUAUGUCGGUUCUUUAGCAAGUUCUGAUAUAAGGGAAUCUUAUGGACCCUAUGUGCUUUUGAGCUGCUUAUGUGUCAAAUUAAUACGGUUGUGAGUGUCGCCAUACUAGUGUCACCAAAAUAAUAUUGAAAUCUUUCUCUCUUGGAACAGAAUCUGGAGGAUUCUCGCUUCUCAAUUCUGACGCAAUUGUUUUUCUUCGCACUAGGGAGAACUGUAACCACUGUGGAAUAAGUGAUUCGUACUAGCUGAAAUCCAGAUAAACCCACUCAUUGCAUA